AUGGCGCCGCGGCCAUCGUCCAAGCUCGCCCUCCUGCUCCUUGCCAUGGCACUGACGGUCUACACAGUUCGCGGUUGCGGAUACAACUGCCCGUCCCCGUCUCCGCCGCCGCCGCCGCCGCCAACACCGUCGUGCCCGGGAUACAACUGCCCGUCCCCGUCUCCGCCGCCGCCGCCCCCACCACCGCCGUCGCCACCGCAACAGGCGUACCCCGCGUCGGCAGCACCACCAUCAACCAGCUCUGGCUCGUGCCCGAAUCUGCAAGUGUGCGUCAAUGUGCUGAACCUGCCGAUUCUCAGUCUCGGCUUGUUUGCGAAUGAGUGCUGCCCGCUGCUCUACGGGUUGGCCGACCUGCAAGCUGCCGCGUGCCUCUGCGACGUCCUCGGCGGCGUCCUCGGCCUCCGCCUCGACGUCGUAGUACUCCUCAACCAGUGCAACAUUCCCUGCGAAUCCACCUACACCUGCCCGCGCUGA